UUUCUUUAACUAAUUCAGAGGCCGUCUUACACGCAGGUAAACCAGUCUGAGGUCCGUGAUGAUCAUUAAAAUCUGUUCAGAGUCAUGGACGAUACAGAUUCGUUCCAAACAAUUUGGAAGGAACUGAUAGUACCUGUCCACUCUCCCCCUAUUAAAUUUUCACGUUUACAGUUCUUAAUGCUUCUACGACAGAAAAGUUGCAGAGAUUGGUGGGGAGAAAAUAAAUUCCAUUACCUAACAUUUUUGUUAGCACAUUGCUAUCUGUCGUUUAAGCAUUCCAUUUGGGUACCCAGAUGCGAUGAGCUUCUUCAGGUAAAAUCAAAAUUUACAGUCAAAGAUCUGAUCUUGAGAGAAGAUUGGUGGUCUCUUGUUAAGAGAGUCGGUCAAAUUUACAGUUGAAAAAUCUUAUUUUGAAGAGGAAAUUGAUCUCUGUUUUUAGAAAAAGAUCUUGUGUUGCUCAAGAUCUGAUCUCAAGAGGAGAUUGGUGACCUCUUUCUUAAAAAAAGACUACGAUGCUCAAGAUCUUCUGUUGAGAGAAGAUUGGUACCCUGUUUUAGGAAGGACCAUGCGCUGCUCUUAGACUGUUUUGACAUUGUGAAUGUUAUUACAAACGCAAAGGGAUCCAAUGGCUUGUUUCAGAGGUCUAGAGGAGGAGGACUUUGCCGAUGCCAAGUUGAAAGGCAUGCAGUCAUUUCUCUACUGUUCUACAUCCAAGGUUUUCCAGAAUAGCAGGUCUCUCAAAAUUAGGGACACGCUAAAAAUAAGAGCCAAAACCAUUAAUCUGUGGAGCGGAAUUUUUAACCUAAACGCCAAGGUGAAAGAGAAGGGCCGUGAGGAUGAAGUGAAGUAUCGUUCAGCUCCCCCUGUUUCUUCUCCACUUGUUCUGCCUCCCCCUUCUCCUACUCCUCUGCCUCUGCCUCUGCCCCUGCCUUCUCCUCAAAGAAUGGGUUCCCGCGGGGAAAUGAGCCGUUUGAACAGCCAGCGUAGUGCAGAGCCCAAGCCACUGCCUCCUCCCAAACAACAGCUGGCCACAUUACGGCCUUUCACUUGGGAAGAAGUGGCCAGAGCCUGCAACAACUUCUCCAAAGAAUUUUCAUGUAGAGAUGGAGGUGCAGGGCCUGUUUACGCAACUUCCUUGUGCAAAACAGACGUAGACAUUACUCGCAUUGCCUCGCCCAUCUCUAAGUCAGUUCGAAAAUGGGUGGCGGAGUUGAGGUCUGUGGCGCGACUGCAGCACCCUCAUCUUUGUGCCGUGGUGGGCUUCCAUGUCCAUAUUUCCCCUGCACAGGGAAAACCAAAACCCCAGUCGGAACAAAUUGUAGUUUAUGAGAGAAUGACCAACGGCACUUUGGACCGUCUCUUAUACUCUUCAAAUGCCCCAAAAUCAGCUCUUGAUUGGCCUUCCAGACUCAACAUCGCUCUGGGUGCAGCUCGAGGCCUCGCCUUCCUGCAUGAUUUGUCUCCCGUUGAGGUGGCGUACAGGUCCUUUCAGACGAUCAACAUUCAAGUCGACAGAGAUCUGAAUGCCAGACUUUCGGAUUACUGUUUUGCAAGAAACCCCCCAAAAAUUCCUGGCAUCGCCAACAGAGUGGAGGCCUACUUAGCCCCUGAGACGCUGAAAGACGGCCAUGUCUUCCCCAAGAGUAAUGUAUGGAGCUUUGGAGUUGUGCUAUUGGAGUUACUUACAGGCAGGCAAAACAUGGACAGACAGUUUCCAGAAGAAGAAAGAAAUCUAGUGACAUUCUGCAGAGCAUUAGUGGAAGAUGAAAAGUUAUUGGAUAAGAUAAUGGAUCCUCAGCUUCAGGGGAAGUACCCGAGUAGAAUAGCCAAGAGGGUACUGGAUUUGGCUCUCCAUUGUCUUCAACAGGAUGUUGUGCAACGUUCCACCAUGAAAGAGCUUGUGAAUGAGCUCAGAUCUAUUGACACUAAUAGUCGCCUUGUCUUUCCCAAGAGGAAUUCUUGAUUCAGGCUUGGGGUAGUUGCCAUUCAUGGACUUUUUAUCACUGUAAAGGUCCAGGCAUCUGCACCAUUGUUCAAUAAUUGGAAAUAUUUGCUCUCCUGUAUAUAUUUUUUAGGGCUAUUUUAAAAUAUAUUGGGAUUUGAAGGUCAUAGAACCUGGAAAUUGAGACUGCAAUGCAGGAAGGGGAAGCUUACCAGAGUGAUUCCUGGCUUUCAGUUCAAUCAGCUUUUAAUAAAUAAAUCCCAUUUAUCUGUGAUUUUUGAAA